UUUCACUCAUCACUCUCCACUCUCCACUCAGUUUUUGCAACUUUUCUUUUACCCUACUUCUUCAUAUCAAGUAAAAUCACAAUAUGUCUGGCGUCGUUCACCUUGUCAAGACCAACCCUGCUUUGGCUCCUCUCUUCCUCUUUGGCGGUUCUGGUAUCGUUGCUGGCGUUGCCUAUAUCGGCCAUUGUUUGAAAAACGGACCCGACGUAAUCAUCAACAAGUCUGCUCCUCAAAAGCCAUGGCAACGUAUUCAACCUCAUGAGAACGCCAAGUUGUGGUCUCCCAACACUGAGUUCUGGCAACAGCGCAAGGAACGUGCCGAACAAGCCAAGACGGCGUAAAGAAAAAAAGAAAAGAAAAGAAAAAAGAAAAUCAAACAACAAAAAUACUGGAUAUUCUUGUUUGUCCCUUUCUCCAAAGCUCUUCUGAGGAAUUCCACUUACCUCUUUCUCAUUCUCUUCCUCUCCACUCUAAGAAAAAAAAAAGUUUUUACAAACACAUUCGUACAU